CUUCAAAACACCGUCGAAUCCAGAAGGUUUUAAGGGAAAAAUCAGGAAAAUCAAUAGUUUUUUUGUUGUUGUUUCUGUGAUAAAAGUAAUAUCGUAUUCAAUGAGUGGAAAAAGUAUUUAUCUGUUACUCUUGUGUUUCGCGCCCUUUUUUGGAGUUAAUGGGCAAACGCAGUGUAUUAUUUGCAGUUCAAGAGUUAAUCCAGAAUGUGCAACAACAGUGGAUAUUUCUUACCUCUCUGCUAAUUGCCCAAAUGACAAUGAAUGUGCAACAUUAAUCGAGUCGAAUAGGUAUACCAUGAGAGGAUGUGCUUCUGAAGUUACAAAUUACUGUGUUAAUGCUGUGCCAUUGUGCUCUAUGUGCAUCGGGGGCAAUUGUAAUGAUCGUAUUUUUCCAUUAGACCGCCAAAUCUGUUAUCAAUGCGUAGGCUCCGGAUGUGAGACUCCUAAUGAAACAAAUCUACGACCUUGUGAAAUUUAUCAGGAGAACGACGGAUGCUUCGUGGCAGUUGAACAGACUGAAGGCGGUAGCCUUACAACCUAUCGUGGAUGUACUUCUGAUCCGGUCUAUAGCCCAGCCAAGCAGGGCUGCUCAGCUGUUGGUGGUUACUGUAUUGAAUGCGAUGGAAGUGGUUGCAACACUGCUCCUCAGUCCACUCAGAGUACUCUAUCUUGUGUUCAGUGCGACUCCGAUGAUGACUACUGCAGUAGUCCUCCAGGAGAGAGUGCCCAACCCUGUACACAUGAAGUUCCUCUAGGUCGCACGGAUCAAUGCUAUACCUACAGAUUGGGUCAGGGCAGAGUUGAGAGGGGUUGUCUGUUGGAUCCUGCCACUCCCUCGGAAUACAUACAAGACUGCGCUGAAGACAAUGAAAAUUGUAUGGUUUGUUCUACUCCAGGCUGCAACAUCCAACCUGCUAUUGAACCCAUUCAGUGCAUCGUUUGUGAUGAAUCACAAGAUCCCGACUGUAGAGACUUACUCAAUCACCAUCAACCUCAGCAAUGCCCACCAGGAACGUACGACGCUCACGGGUGCUAUCGAUACGAAUCAAAUUUGGAGCAUAAUGUUAUCAGGGGCUGUGUAUCUGACCUGAUAGGGACUCCUCGUUUGAAUGAUUGUCAAAUGGGAGGAAUUUGCAAAAUUUGCGACUUUGACAAUUGCAACUCUAAAGUCAACUUCCAAGAAUGCUAUUCAUGCAAUUCUGGCGUGGAAACGGACUGUUUGAGAGUACAGAACAAUACAAGACCUACUGCUGUAUGCCAUGAGUAUAUGGAUACCUGUGCCCAAAUAAUCCAGGAUGGUACAAGGUUGACCAUUCGUGGAUGCACUCACGAAGUAGAUGCCAUUCAUACACAUCUUCACCCGUUCCGACAGACUUGCAACACUAAUCUCUGCAAUAGUGCUAUUUACCCCGGUUUCCGGGCUGUAUGUCACCAAUGCGCUGAUGGACCAGGAUGUGACCGAAAUAGUACAGAGACGCCAGAAUAUUUACUACCCUGCAGGAUAUUCUUUCAGGAUGAUCAGUGUUAUUCCGUCCUGAGGAAUCAACAGGCAGUUAGAGGCUGCAUUAGUGAUACUGAUGCCAAUUCAGCCUUCUGCGAAGCAUCUGGUGAACUAUGCGAAAGAUGUGUCGAAGGACAAGGUUGCAAUUUCAGACCGGCUUCCAGACCAUCAAACAUCAACUGUGUAUCAUGUCAAGGUGAUCCUGCUUGCGCAUGGGGUUUUCCCAAUCCAACAGGACCUCUAUGCCAAGAAACUGUUUGGAUGGGUCAAAGAGAAUCCUGCUAUGUAGGAGUCAGUCCAAAUGACCAAGUUGUCCGAGGAUGCACUCUUGAUCCUGUCCUCGGUUGUCCACAAGAUCACACCUGUACUCACUGUUAUGCCAAUAACUGCAACAAUGUCGCAGUUACCAGACAACAAUGCAUUCACUGCCGAAGCAAUGCACCAGGUCAAGCAUCCUGUGCCGAAUCAGCAGAAGAUCUUGAACCUAGAGCCUGUUCUGGAGACUUUCAAACUUUCGCAAGUAGGGGAUGCUACACAAUGAGAAAACCAAACAAUAUCGUCAUUCGUGGAUGCAUUAGAGAUCUUAGCUAUGAUGACUAUCACAACUACUGUUCCUUCGACGAAGAAGAAAGUGACUUCUGCGUAAAGUGCCUCGAUCACGGUUGCAAUGUCCAACCUGCUCCUGCAAAAGCAGCUCUCAAUCAUCCCCUAACUUUCAUCAUUGCCCUAAUUUUCCUUGUAGCUUCCCAGCUAUUUUAAAUUUUACCAAACCCUUGAAAUGUACUUUUGAAGCUAUUAAAGACUAUAGCACAUAA